CCCGGCCAUAGCUAUCUCAAUUUGAUUAAAAGUAUUAUAAAAUAAUUGAUUCUUUAAGAAAUAUCAAGAAAGAUUCAAUCACGCCGGUCAACUCCUUCACCAUCAUCUUAUCACCAAUAGUGAUUUCAUCAAUAAUGAGUUCACUCGGUCGCAAAGUUAUUCCUAUAAGUCUCGCUGUAGCCUUGGGAAUAUGGAAUGGUUAUUAUGCCUUCAGUCCUGCAUUGAAGGAACAACAAAAGGAAUCCGAACCUAUAACACAGAAUGGACAGCAACCCGAUAAGACGAUUCAUUCAGAUGAUUUCGGCCAACAAAAAUCAUCAAAUGGGAAUACUUCGCUGAAUCGUUAGCUUUGAGUCGACACUGUAUUGGAGCGAUUAAUGAAGGAUAAUGCUGAAGCCUCUUUAAGGUCUUUAUGAAUCUGGGUUUCGAUGGUAUUUAACUGUCCCAGGUGGACUAGAAGGGCCUCGAAAACUCAUCCCUACGUACCUGACAUUACCACUUACGGACUUAAAAUCCAAUCUGUGCCGAUUGUGCCUCCAAAUAUGGUUUGCGGCACCGGUUUUGGUCGAGAUGGCAGCAUGGGCGCCGUACCAUUACUUACCCUCUAGCCAUGACCAUUAGCAUGUACAUACUUUGGGGUAUACGCUAUGUGUCUGGCUUAUUCUAUAGCUUAUGGGAUCGGGAGUCUCAACGAUCAAGUUACGAAACGAGCAUAUAUCAUUGAACGACAAUGUCUUGAUAAUACAGAGUAUUUUCAAUUAUAGCUGGAGAAAUCUAUUCAAAUAGAAGUUCAUCUAGCAAAUAUUUCGCUUCAAAUGAAAUAAAAAUAAAAAUAUUAACCAACG